AUGCCUGCUGUUGAUUUGUUUUCUCAUACUAUCUUACCAAUGCCUACUCCUGCUGUUCUUGAUCCUAUUCUUGAAUUGCCUAUUCAUAAUGAAAAUCUUGCUCAUAGGGCUAAUAAUCGUGCUGCUCGUUCUACACGGUUAAUGCAUCUCAUUCUCAUUCUGAUGCAUCUCACUCGCAUACUGUUGCAUCUCCAUCAUUAUCAAUUGUACCUCCUGCACACACUACACCGCAUUCCAAUACUAAUGCAUCUCAUUCUCAUUCUGAUGCAUCUCCUCUGCAUUCAUCUGCAUCACGCUCUAAUGCCACAAAUCCGUCACAAGAGACUGUUUCACGAGGAACGGGACAGAGUCGCCUGA